AGGGAGGGAGGCUGGUGAAGCCACGGAUAUUCAUGAAGACGCCAAGUGUUUUUGUUCUCUCGCUGUGGUGACACACUGCUAGUCUGCAGAGAGAUGGAGGGAGCGAGGAUGAGACAAGGGGAAGGAGACGAGUGAAAGCAAGACGAGGCCCAGCCCAUCUUGCCAUUGAUCUUGAGGUGAUCAAGGGGACUCUACACCGAAGAGGACACACUGACAAGGAUUCGUGGAUGGAUCCUGGCAUAUCAAACCUGGAAUUUUGACAUCUGGACUUCUUAGAUGAACCAAUCAUAUUGAACACUUCUCCCUAUGCAGAAUUUGGAUCCGACUAACUAAUCAGGCAAUGGAAAACUGAUCUGAGACUUGGUGUAAAGUCUCCCACGAGCUGGAUCUGGAUUAGUGGUUGUUGCAUUCAUGUGGGAUCAGGUUUGCAAAUGGGAAAUGUCAUGCGAACAAUACUUCAAGUUGGAUAAACAUUUUAAGAAAUUUGGGAAAAUGUUUUCUUCACCACUGACAUCAUGAACUCUGACCGGGAUAUGCCAUUGGCUCGUCUGUCCAAAGCAAGACGACAUACAGGCAGAUUUUUUUUUUUUUUUCAGAAACUCAUAGCUUACACUAAAAUGGAGUGAGAAUUUUAUUUUGUUCCACCUUUGGCUUGUUUAAAAAAAGAAAAGAUCCAAACAAAGGCAUCCAACUUGGACAGAACCUGGAGCCUCAAAGGGGCACUUAAAUGCACCUUUUGCAUUUAACGGCAGGUUGGGAGCCCUGUGUCAGCUAUCUGAAGUCUGGGGUGUGGACAGAGGUGGUUGGCUGGCUGAGUCAGCUCUAAUGGGGGCCGGUUGUGACCCGGUCUGACCCCGGUUUGACCUUGCAGUGACCUUUGACCUCCGGUCCUGGCUCUCCACCUGCUCUGCUGCCUGGGUUCCGGAACGCUCCGCCCUGGGGCCCAGAACGAGCCAAUCAGGAUGAAGAAGAGCCGCAGCGUGCUGUCUGUGACUGGAGAAGAGGGUAAUGACACAGAUAUAACAGGUUCUGGGGAGAAGGCGGAGUCGUCUCGAUACAGCCGAUCUUAUACGUCUGGGGCCACAUUGGGGGCUGAGCUACGCAGAGGGAGGAGCAGAAGACUCUCCUCUAGUCUCCAGGUACCCUGCUGGCUCCGCCCUCGAGACCGCACUCGUUCACCGGAGGUCCUGAGCAACGUGACACGUCCAACAACUCUCCCCCUCCGCAUCCCGCCACGCAUCUCCAUCACACAAGCAGACACUGACGGUUACGAAGCAGAAAAUGGCGUGUCACCAGGUCACACCCCUCUGGGUUCGCAGAGUCCAAGUCUCACCCUGCACACCCCCUUUCCCCACGGCCAGAGAAGAGAGUCCUUCCUUUACCGUUCAGACUCAGACUACGAUAUGUCGCCCAAGACGGUCUCACGUAACUCCUCCCUCGCCAGUGAAGGGCACACCGGAGAGGAUUUCAUUGUCACACCUUUUGCUCAAGUAUUGGCCAGUCUGCGAUCAGUACGGAGCAACUUCACCAUUCUUGCCAACCUCUCCACACCACCAGUCAAAAGGUCUCCUCUGGACGGAGUGUGUGUCAGUCCCAGGGCGUCACUAUCAGACCAGCAGUACCAGCAGCUCGCCAUGGACACACUGGAGGAGCUGGACUGGUGCUUGGACCAGCUGGAGACCAUUCAGACACACCGCUCAGUCAGCGAAAUGGCCUCCAACAAGUUCAAGAGGAUGCUGAAUAGAGAGCUGUCCCACCUGUCAGAGAUGAGUCGCUCUGGUAACCAGGUGUCUGAAUACAUCUCCAGCACCUUCAUGGACAAGCAGAACGAGGUGGAACCCCCGUCUCCUACUCUGAAAGACAAAUCUAUGAGUCACAUCAGCGGAGUGAGGAAGCUGUCUCACAGCUCCAGCCUCUCCAGUUCUUCAAUGCCUCGCUUCGGUGUCAACACGGACCACGAGGAUGAGCUUGCCAAGGAGUUGGAGGAUUUGGACAAGUGGGGUUUUAACAUAUUCAGAGUAGCAGAAUUCUCCAACAACAGACCUCUCAGCUGCAUCAUGUACACCAUCUUCCAGGAGCGAGAGCUGUUGAAGACGUUUCGUAUCCCGGUUGACACCUUCGUCACUUAUGUGAUGACCCUAGAGGACCAUUACCAUGGAAACGUAGCGUACCACAACAGCCUCCACGCUGCAGACGUCACCCAGUCCACACAUGUCCUCCUGUCCACACCUGCUCUCGAUGCUGUGUUCACUGACCUGGAGAUCCUUGCCGCUCUGUUCGCUGCAGCUAUCCAUGAUGUAGACCACCCCGGAGUUUCCAAUCAGUUCCUCAUCAACACCAACUCGGAGCUGGCCCUCAUGUAUAACGAUGAGUCCGUUUUGGAGAACCACCACCUCGCUGUGGGCUUCAAGCUUCUGCACCAGGAAAACUGUGACAUCUUCCAGAACCUCACCAAGCGACAGCGCCAGAGCCUUCGCAAGCUCGUUAUCGAUAUGGUGUUGGCCACAGACAUGUCUAAACACAUGACCCUAUUGGCUGAUCUGAAGACUAUGGUGGAGACCAAGAAGGUGACCAGCUCUGGUGUGCUGCUCCUGGACCACUACACAGAACGGACCCAGGUGCUGAGGAACAUGGUGCACUGUGCAGACCUGAGCAACCCCACCAAGGCGUUGCCGUUAUACAGACAGUGGACGGAGAGGAUCAUGGAGGAGUUCUUCCGACAGGGUGACAAGGAGCGAGAGAGAGGGAUGGAGAUCAGCGCCAUGUGUGACAAACACACCGCCAUCGUGGAGAAGAGUCAGGUGGGUUUCAUCGACUACAUCGUCCACCCGCUGUGGGAGACGUGGGCUGACCUGGUGCACCCGGACGCCCAGGAGCUGCUGGACACGCUGGAGGAGAACAGGGAGUGGUAUGUGAGCACCAUGCCCCAGUCUCCCUCGCCUCCCCCGGACAGACACCUACAGCACGACCGCUUCCAGUUCGAACUCACCCUGGAGGACCUGGAACACAACAACCACAACCACGUUCACCUGAGGAGCAAUGGCGGGACAAACAUCUGCAAUGACAUCGGCGACUCAGACCGAACGCACGGCGGUGGAGAAACGGAGAAAGAAGACGAGCAGAAUCACAACAGCAAGCACAACGGAGUCCAGGGUGAAGAUGAGGAGGAGGCGAAGGAGAACGGAGAGGAAGAGGGGGAGGAGACUGUAGAAAGAGAUGGAGAAGGAGAGGAGGAGGCAAACAAGAAUGGAGAGGAAGAGGGAGAGGAGACUGGAGAAAGAGAGGGAGAAGAAGAGGGGGAGGCAAACAAGAAUGGAGAGGAAGAGGGAGAGGAGACUGGAGUAAGAGCGGGAGAAGAAGAGGAGGCAGCAAAGGAGAAUGGAGAGGAAGAGGGGGGGGAGACUGGAGAAAGAGAGGGAGAAGAAGUGGAGAAGGCAAACGAGAACGCAGAGGAAGAGGAGGAGCAUGGAGAAGACCAAGUAGAAGAAGACGGAGAGCAGACAGAUGAAGGGAAUGAUGCGGUGGUGGAGGAGGAGGAGACUAAAGAAGAGGAGGAAGAGAAUGAGCAACAUCAGGAGGGAGAAGAGGAGGAAGAGGAAGGUGAGGAUGGUGCAAAAAAUGAAGACAUAGAAGGCGAGUUAGAGGAAGAAAAUGAAGAGAGGGAAAAAGAAAGUGAGGGGGAAGAGGAAAUGGAAAAUGAGGAGGGUGAAGUGGAGGAAAAAGAGGAGGGAGAGAUGGAGGAGAAAGUAGAAGAGAAAAUAGCAGAGCUGGAGGAAAAUGUAGAGAAGGAGGAGGGUGAGACAGAGGAGAACGUGGAGGACGAGGCGGCAGAAACGGAGGACAAAGUUAAGGUCGGAGAAACAGCAGAUGUCGAAGAGGAAGAGGAGAAAGGAGAGUUGGAAGAAGCAGAAGAGGAGGAGGUGCCAGUUGAGGAUGAAGCUGUCAACGAGGAAGAAGAUGAGGAGGAAAGUUAGUUGGGUGUAAAAACAUGAAUUAACAGGCUCAGCGAAGAAAGGUUAGGAAAGAAAGUAAAUGGGGCCGGAAAAGGCUUCGACACAUGGCAGCGAGACUGUCAAGGAGGAGGACGAAGAGCUGAAGAUGCACUUCUUUCCAGAUAACGUGCUCCGCCCGCUUUAUCGAGCGACGCUCUCAGCUGAAGGUUCAACUACCGACGUCUUCAACAAACUUCCCAGCUCGCAGGCGGAGGACAGCAAAGCACUGGACACAAAUACAGACCCUCCGCCGGAGCAUAAGCCUUCCUGAACGGCCAGAUCGCUGCGGCGUCUUGAUCAACUGGUAGUGCUAGAAAGACUUCACGUCUUCAUCACCCAGUAUCUGUACAUUCAUCACUGCCAUAGGGAAUAAAAUGGGGGACAUGAAAAGGCGGGGAGGGGGGGGGGAAUCUGUUUUCCCUGCCUUUUGUAGCUCCUAAACUGAAAAUGAAAAUGCGCACAUGCAAAUAAGCGCGUGCCUGUUCUCCCGAUCUCAUGGACUACUACCCAUCAUCUCUCUGUCACUGUCUUGUUUAUGAGGAAGAUAACCACACACAUACACACGCACGCACACACACACACACACACACACACAGACACACACAGACACACACACACACACACACACACACACACACACACACACACACACACACAGACACACAGACCAACAACUGUUAAAAGAAUGUCAACUUCCUCUUCUUUUGUCAGAAAAAAAAAAAAAGUCUGGAAAGUGUCCGUCGUCUUAUAUUUACUACAUCUUUCCACUUGUGAUCAGGAUGCUGAGAACAGAUUUGGGCUCUGGUCUAGGAACAGUUUAACCUCCUCACAUACUAACCUUAAAGCAACGAUGCUGGAUUUCUGAAUAAUAUCUGGACUGUUUUGUCAAAGUAGAAACUUUCGCAGUCCAGCUCAAAAGGCUGACCUGUUGUACAUGUCGAUGUCAGUUCAUGUUUAAAAACAAAACAAACAAACACCCAGUAUUCAUCCCUUCACGACAGUUUCACCACUCCCAGACUGUGAGUUUGAUUCCCGGGUGAAUCGUGCCAAACUGACCCACGACCAGCACUGAGCAAUUAAGCCUUCCUUCAAACAAGGUUUGGCUACUUGUCUGUGAAGCAAUGAACCGUGGGACCAGGGUAACGGGUGUGAUGGUCUUCCACAAAUCCCUUUUUUCUUUGUUUUGUUUUUUUGUAAAAAUGGUAUUUGGCACUUUAUCUAACACCCCUGUUACAUAUAUGUACAUAAUAAACAUGUAUUUUAAUCUGCUGAUGUCAUAAUAAAUAUGAUCAAUAAAGUUGA